GAAGUACUACCCUGAGCCUUCCACUUAGCACUUAUUGUAUUCGUAUUAGCUUGUUCCACUUAUUGUAUUCGUAUUAGUUUGUUUCUGCACUGUACUUUUGCUCUGGUUUAUGCUUUUAGAUGCUUGUUUAAGAAAGGAGAUGCACUUAUGACUUCUGGUGACUAGUAGUUCUCUUGAAUACCUAUGUUGAAUACACUUAUUGUAAGUCGCUUUGGAUAAAAGCGUCUGCUACAUGACUGUAAUGUAAUGUAAUGUAAUGUAUCGCUUUGCUUGUAUCGAGCUUGACUCUAGCGUCGCUAGCUCAGUGCAGUGAUGUCUGCGAUGCUUUGCCUCGUAGCAGGAGCCCUGUUCUGUUAUGUGAUAGUUUAUUACAGUGUGUUCAGGGGAGCUAGGUGCUCCAGUUCAGUGAAGCUGAAUGGGAAGACGGCCAUUGUUACAGGAAGCAACACUGGCAUCGGUAAGACCACGGCUCUGGAUCUGGCAAAGAGAGGAGCCAGGGUGAUCCUAGCCUGCCGCAACAAGGGCAAAGCUGAGGCUGCUGCUUACGACAUCCGUAGAGAGAGUGGGAACAGUCAGGUGGUGUUCAUGCAGUUGGAUCUUGCGAGUUUUGAGUCUGUUCGCUGCUUUGCUGAAACCUUCCUGAAGACUGAACCCAGACUGGACAUCCUCAUCAACAACGCAGGUGUGAUGGGUCCAGGACAUACCCAGGAUGGUUUCGGCAUGGCGUUUGGGGUAAACCACCUGGGUCACUUCCUGCUCACCAACCUUCUCCUGGAGAAACUGCAGCAGUGUGGCCCCAGCCGCGUGGUCACCGUGGCUGCACUUCUGCACCGCUGUGGCAGCGCUGACUUCCCUCUGCUGGCUUCCAAGAAGGACUCGGUGUCCGGUCAGUCUACCUGGCACAACGUUCGAGCCUACUGCAACAGCAAGCUGUUUAAUGUGCUCUUCACCAGGGAGCUGGCCAACCGGCUGGAGGGCACCAGUGUCACCUGCUACAGCCUCCAUCCAGGAGUCAUCUACACCGAGCUGUGUCGCAGUAUGAGCCUUUGGCUGCACCUCCUCUUGAUGCCCUUUGCCAAGCUCUUCUUCCUUGAUCCUGAGGGGGGGUCCCAGACCACCCUGUACUGUGCCCUGCAGGAGGGCAUCGAGCCUCUCAGCGGACGUUACUUCUCUAACUGUGCAGUGCAACAAGUGGGAGCCAAGGGACGAGAUGAUGCUCUGGCAAAGAAGCUGUGGGAACUCAGCGAGAGGUUCACCAGCAUAUCAUAACAGACUGAGUCCUGAUCCAGUGUGGUCGCUCUGUGCCUCAUCAGAAGCCUCAACAGGUAUCCAGAGUCAGUAGCUUAUUAUUGGCCUUUAUUUCUUUAAAUGGUCUUAUAAAUGAACGAGGUAGUGAACAUAAAACAGUGCAGUGUUUUCCUAUUUCUAUUAACUGCAUAACCUUACACUUGUGCCUAUUGUUUAUUAAGUGGCAGUUAUUUACAAAGACAUCAUGUCUUUUAAAUAACUCAUGUCACUGUGGCUUUACCACAGUGACAUGAGUCCAGUGUGAAGUAGAAAACUGCUUUGUGUAAAUGAGCAGUACAUUUAAUUCCUGUGCUUGAAAUAAAUGGUGCUGAAUCUUGGUGAUGCAAUGACUUUGUGCUGUCUUUGGUUCUAACUGGACAAUACGCUUUCUCAGUUAAUUCAAGGGAAUGUGCUAUUAAUAUACCGUCCACUUUAGUGUGCAAACCUGUCUGUCUUUUGUGGAGCAGUUUCUAAUAUGACAAAGGGGGAAUGAAUAUAAAACAGCUGAUGCAUGUAAUCUAUUAUGAUAGCCAAUAAGUCAGCCUGCCAAGAUAGUUUGAUCGAAGGUACAAAUACACGUGCCAGAAUUCACCAAAGUGGAAAUGUACAUAAAAGCUCAUUGGUGUUCACCCAGUCUGUAUUCCAUUAUUCCCACACUGUCUCUUAGAAACCUCCCAGCUGUCUAAAUGACUACUGUUCGAUGGCUCUGAUCUCUGUGGUGAUGAAGUGCUCUGAGAGGCUUGUCAAAGACGUCAUCCCCUCCUCACUACUUCAUUUCCUGGACCAGUUGUAGUUUUUAUACCCCCCCAAAACAGAUCCACGAACGAUCACAUUAAAUUAAUUGCCUCAUCCACACUGCCCUUGCCCACCUGGUCACUGUGAUAGGAAAUUAUGUUAAAAUGCUUUUUUUUGUACUACAGCACACUCUGCGGCUGCAUCUUCUUUCUGACGGGCAGACCUCAGGCACUGCAGGUUUGCUGCCACACAUCACCCCUCCUCCCCUACGACACACAAGCCCCCCAAGGAUGUGUCUUGAACCCCCUGCUGAACUACUUCUUUGUUUAUUCCUAAAAAAAAAAGAGAAUGAUAAUGUUCCGUGCCGAGUUAUGUUUCUCCCUGCUCUCUCUGUGCUUUCUCUCCCAGUGUCCAUUCAGGUGCCACCCUGUUCCCUGCCUAGUAGCUGCAUAGGGUGAUCCUACUCGGCUGGGCUGAAUUAGUGAUCAGGUCAUGGUGGUUAAGAGGCCGAGAGAAGAAGGCAGAGAGACCCAGUCGAUCGUGUGGCAGCUUCUAAGUUGUGUGUUUCUCGUGAACUAGUGAUUUUCCUGCUCAAGCCGUGUGGGCUGUUGUUGGUUGUGUUAAUUGUUACUUUGUCUGAUUCUGUGGACGUUUUUGAUUUAAAUUGUUACCUCUGUUAAUUAGUAUCGCUUUCCUUUUUUAAGAAAGAAGUUUUCAGAUAUUGCCCUUUGAGUAUUUCACUUUGUAUUUAAUAAAUUACUAUUUUUGUUUAUUCA